UGCUAUUAUUGCACUGAAAAUUUUGGAUCGGUAUUUAGGGUUUCAUGCCAAAGUAUCGAAGGGUGCGCAGAAGCUCGCAGCUCAUCCCUCCAUAGUUGGGACUUAGUCACUGGUUCUUUUGUUGAUGUGGCAGAAGGGCUCUUGAAGGGUUGACUGAUCAUGGUUGAAGGUCCAAGGGAGAUUUCCCAAAAUAAGAGUAUGUCUACACCAAUGGAACAAGGUUCACUCGAUAUUACUCAGCCGGCUGCAAAGAAAUUCAAGCGGCCUGCAUGAUCUAUUACAUAUGCAGCUGCUAGAGAGUCACAGACUGUACCAGAGUUUAGGGUGAAGAAGGGUGUUGUUUUAGCAGUGGACCCCGAAUAUAUCCGUGGACCCCGAAUAUAUCCGUCACCUCGUGGAGAUUAAAGUGCUUGGAUUCCAGCGCCCUUUAGGCUCAAAGCCGCAGCUUCUUACUUACGAGGUUAAUGCUGAAGAACUUAGACGUUGUUUUAAUGGUUGUAUGUUUGCUGCCUUGUGUGUUCGUUUCUUCUCCAGUGCCGCUUAUGAGACCCAAACUGAGUCUGCAAUCCUAGCACUGACUACUGAGAUUACCAAAUUGACAACAGAUGUGUGCAUGGCUGCUAUUUAUGCUAAGCUCCACAACAUCCAUAAAUCAUUCGGAAGAUAUGAAAGCCGUUAUGCUAGCGACGAUGAUGUACCCCUCCCCCUACCCUUUGCGGUGGCGGUUCAAGAUUUCGGUGUUUUCGAGACACACAGCAUGGUGACCAAUCUUAUUCUUGCAGCAACUUACCCAGAGGGUCUACAACAUGAAGGCAUUAGUCAACCAACUUAUUGUUCUGCUGAGUACUUAUCCUUCAUCCCAACCCUUAAAGAGCUCGGGUUUCCUUUGAAGCCUAUUGAUCCUCAUGUGACAGCAGGAUCCCCUCGGUGGACUUAUAAAGUUAAAAACAUCUACGGCACAUGCGAUUUGGCUUGUAUUUUGCCUCCAUCUCACUAUUCUGAACUCAGUGCCAUACUUCGAACUGUGCUGUUAGUUCCUGACUUCCUGAUCACGAUGGUCUUUGCUGCCAGAUCGUCAAGAUUCCGGAUGAUUGUGCGGACUACGGAACUAGAAUGAAAGAGGUGGUGCCAGGGUUCUACCUCCGUUCCUUUCUAGCAUUGAGCCAUGGUCUUGAAGAAGAAUGGAGUUUUUGAGCGGUUUUGAACUGACUCUUAUAUAUUGCUCAGCUGACUGUUUUGGAAGUUUGUUCAUCAUAUUUUGGCACUGACUUUUUUGUUAGCAUUAGGUAAAGAUUUUGACCACUGUUAGCUUAUAGACAUUUGUUAUGAGUGUUCACUUUUCAGCCUGACUUUACCACUAUAAGUUAAAUUAUGUCUUAUUGGCAUGGCUAUGUCCACAUUCUCAUACA